AUGGUGCAGCGCGGCCCGCGGGGCCGGGGCGCGGAGGCUCGGCGGGAGCCCUGCGCCCCGCUGCCCGCCCGUGACACCGAGCCCGCCUGGUGCAAGACGCCGAGCGGGCACAUCAAGCGGCCCAUGAACGCCUUCAUGGUGUGGUCCCAGCACGAGCGCCGCAAGAUCAUGGACCAGUGGCCCGACAUGCACAACGCCGAGAUCUCCAAGCGCCUGGGCCGGCGCUGGCAGCUCCUCCACGACUCCGAGAAGAUCCCCUUUGUCAGGGAGGCCGAGCGCCUGCGCCUCAAGCACAUGGCUGACUACCCCGACUACAAGUACCGGCCUCGGAAAAAGGGCAAGGUGGGCACCGGAGCAGCCCGCCCGCGGCUCCCAGUGAAGAUCAAGCCCUCGGUGUUGGGCCGUGUCUCUGGCGGCCGCAGGCAGCCCGCCAAGCUGCCCGCCGGCCCCGACACCCCGCAGGAGCCCGCAGCAGAGGUGCCCGCUGAGGACAACCCUGUGGUCCCUGGCACGGCUGCCUGGCACCCGGCACCCGACGGGGAGCAGAGCCCCCAGGAGCCCCCUGCACCCCUGAGCCCCACCACACCCUGCCCGGAGCCAGGGCGGUCCCCAGAGAGCGGGUCCCCCUCUCCCAUGUCGGCUGGGUCCCCUCCCUCUUCCUUCAGCUCCUCUGACGAGGAGCUGGAGGAGGAGCUGCUGGGGAUCAUGCCCGGGCGGGCGCCUGCCAGUGCCACCUGUGGUGCCCUGGACUGGUCCGUCUUCGACAAGGACCACGACCUCUACCCGCGGGGAGGCUCCUCGCACUUCGAGUUCCCGGACUAUUGCACGCCCGAGGUGACGGAGAUGAUAGCAGGGGACUGGCUCAUGUCCAGCAUCUCAGACUUGGUCUUUACCUACUGAGUCCCACGCUCUGCAGGUAACACUCAUUUUUAUUUUCACCCACGAUCAGGUCAUAUCAAAAAACAACCCAGGAAAAAACAAACAAACAAACAAACCGAAACCAGCUGUUUACAUGCAGGAAUCAGGUAUUUUGCCUUGAAGCUGCUGGAAGGCAGAGCCCCUGCUCCCCCCACCCCCUGGCACACACCCAUUCUCCAUCCGUCUGUCUGUCCGGCUCUCGCCUCGUGCCCGCAGGACGCAUGGCCGCCCGCUGCGGUUACUUGCCCGUGAAAUGCAUCUCAUCGGGUUUUCAUUGUCACACCCGGCCGCUUUCCCCCACGGCCCCGGCGCUGACAGCCAUGGCUGCUCCCGGCCGCUCCCGUCUGUGCCAGCACCGUGUGCCCUCCCGCCCUCCAGGAAGCAGGAGCAUCCACGCCACCCCAGCUCUCGGUGCCCGCCCCACCUUCCCCAUCCCUCGGAGAAUGGCUGAUUCCGUUUGCUUUUUGACUGCAUCGAAUGCAUGGCUUCAAUUUUCUCCUCUGCCUCUUUGCAGCCCUUGGGGAGGGAUGCCGAGCCAUGCCAAAGUGUCCCUUCCCAGCUCCCUGUUUUGUGAGGGGUCCCUGGUUUGGGAGUGCAGUGUCCCACAGCAGUGACUCGUUCCCGGUGGCGUGUGCUCCGCGCCACUCGCUUUGGGAAGAGUGAAGUUGCACACACGUGACGAGCACGUGGGCGCGGGAGGCUGUGUUGUUUCUCUCGCCAGGCAGUUGUGCAGGGAAAGCUGUGCCACCGAGGGGAACCCCUGUCCGGAGUCACCCCAAAAUUGUGUGGGGACCAGCCCUUCACUAAGCAGCCAGCCCUCAUUUUAACCUUGGAGCCUGUGCCCGUGCAGGACCUGCUGCUGUGGGCUGGCUGACCUUGACCGGCAGAGCCAGGUGUCACCGUGCCCAGACGGAUGUCACCGUGCCCAGCCGUGGCACUUGGUGCUGCCAGGAUGGCAGGGAGCAGCAU